UCCCCCUCAGGUCCAGCCGAGCCGGGGGCUGAUGGGCUGUCUGGGGGUGGAAGGCUAGCUUCAGGAGGGCGGGUCAGUGUGACUGCGGCUCUCACUCAAGUCCAGUUUUUCGUCUAUUCUUUUAUACGGAAAUCAUUUUGAAGAAGUUUAGGGGGGAAAAAAAACUUAUCAGACUGACGGAGUCGUCUCCCCUCAGACAGGAUGUCGGCACUCUCGAUGAAUGACCACCUCGAAGGGAUUUUAUCAGAUUUUGAAGCCCUGAAGAGAUCCUUUGACAUUGAAGAUGUGGAUGACAUACCCUCCUUCUCAUCAGCAUCUACUCCCUCUUACCCUGUCUCUCCUUCAACUUCCCAUUUCUUCAUCAGCCACAACAAAGCCAGUGAGGGGUGUGGUGGUGGACAAUCCCCCUCUUUACCUUUCAACAACAACAAUAACAACCUGGGCUCCGCAGGGUACCACACCCAUAUCAGCCGAAGUUCCAAUCCCAGCCCGGUACUCAAGUCCCGCACAGUGGUCAGUAGCAUGUCCUUCAAUCGGGGAACCAUGAACAAACCGGCCCCUCACAACAACAGCUCUUCAGUGACCAGAGCUGCAUCCUUUCAGAGCAGACUGAACCCCAACAAUGGUUUUUCCGUUUUGCCAAGACCAGGAAGUGACAAUGAUAGUCUUCAUAGUUCCACGUCAAGCCUCGAGUACUCUGGAGUGGGUGGAGGUUCUGUCAAUCCUAACAAGGUGUCCUCAUACGCCAGUCCUCUACUCCAGGCCGACUACCACCGAGCCCAGCCUCAGCUGUCACAGCUACAAUUAGAAGGCGGAGCCAAGUUGGGAAGGAACCACAACUUGAAGAAGUUCUCCUCUCACGGGACUGUGUUCCAUUCUGAUUUGAACCAGGGGACAGAGUUGAUGUUGGGGGCAGAUCCUCUUGGGAUGAAUCAUGGCUCCAUGCCUAGCCUAGAUAUUCAAAUCCGAGAUGGAGGAGGUGGAAUGUCGGGUAUGCAAAGAGGUGGAGACAGGGUUUCUCCAGGUUUGAGGUAUCCCAAUGCUAACCCUACCUGGAAUGCUGGACAUAAAAAUGCCAAUUCCCUUGGGGAUGAAGGCUGCUGUGGCUCCAACAAUCAGCAGCAUCUUUGCCCACAGAUUCCUCAGAUCAAGGCUCCGCGUCUCAGUAAGUUCCCCUUGGACCUGGACAGCUUGGUGAACACCACGUCAGCCACUUCCCCUGCUAAGGUUCACAGAGGAUUUAUUAGUCCCAACCCCCCAAAGCCUCCUCCAAGGAGCACAGGAAGCCUUCAGCACCACACCAACUCACCAUCCAUGACAAGCCCAUCAGCUUCCCUCAGCAGCCUUGAUAGUUCAUCUGAUACCCCACCCAUCUCCAUUCACCAUCCCUUUUUACCUUUUUCACCACAAGCAACUUCAGACCAGGGCUCUAACCCUGUUUCGGAGGUGAGAUGCUCACCAGUGCGCCUUUCUCCAUCUCGUACCUCUCAGGUGGAAAGCAUCUCCAGGCCUCAAGUUGUUCAGGUGGUCCCCACCCCUUCCAGCCUUUCCAGCCCACGUUCUAUUGGCUCAUUUGGAAAUGUCCCUGGUGAUGUCGGAGAUAGUGUGGACUCAAUCUUACAGAGGAUUGCCUCCUUCUCCCAGCCUGCCAUCGCUAAUACAACUCCAGCACCUGUCAUCCAACAUCCCGCUAUCCAAAACAGUGGGGCUCUGUCUUCUGAAGUUGGUUCUCCUGCCGAGGCUGCCCUCAUGCCAGUAUGGGGAAACGGCAAAAAGAAAAACAAAGAAAGUAGUGGAGAGCUGAACACGGACGGACUUACACCGAUGGAGGAGAGAGAGGAGAAGGAAAGCGGCGUCAUGGGAGAAGAGCAAGUCGUUGAGGAUAAGAGUGAAGAAGAACUAGAGAGUACCCACACCCAGAAUUCCAUCAAAGAAAAUGAAUCAAAUGAUGUGGAGGCCCAUACAGAGGUGGAGGAGGAGCAGACGGAGAAAGGAAUGGAGGAAGGAGAGAUGAAGAAAGAGCUGGAACUGGGGACAGAGGUGCAGAUGGAGAUGGUGUGCCAGUCCGUGCCGGGACUGCAGAUGAGCUUUAUCCGUAGCAGUGACCUGUUUGGCUAUGUGGGCAUUGAGGCAGUGCUGGACCAGAUGAGGCGCAAGACCAUGAAGGCUGGCUUUGAGCUCAACAUCAUGGUCGUCGGGCAAAGUGGUUUGGGGAAAUCUACACUAGUCAACACUCUUUUCAAGUCUAAAGUCAGCAGGAAGUCCUGCACACCAAACUACGAGGAGAAAAUCUCCAAAACAGUCAAGCUGCAGUCAGUCAGCCACAUGAUUGAAGAGAAGGGGGUGAAGAUGAAGCUGACAGUGAUUGACACUCCAGGAUUUGGAGACCAAAUCAACAAUGAGAACUGUUGGGAGCCCAUCGUGAAAUACAUCAACGAGCAGUAUGAGAAUUAUUUGAGAGAAGAACUGCAUGUAAACCGCAAGAGGAGAAUACCGGACACCAGAGUCCACUGCUGCAUUUACUUCCUGGCCGCUACUGGACACAGGUUACGCCCCAUUGAUGUGGAGUUCAUGAAGAGAUUGGGAAAGAUAGUAAGCAUUGUGCCUGUCAUUGCCAAAGCUGACACACUAACCAUUGAGGAACGACAGGAGUUCAAGGAGAGGAUAAGACAAGACCUGGCAGCCAACGGGAUUCGGGUUUAUCCCCAGAAAGAGUAUGACGAGGAUCCGGAGGAGCGCCUUCUCAACGACAGGAUCAGGGAAAGUAUUCCCUUUGCUGUGGUGGGGACCGACAAGGAGCAUCAGGUGAAUGGAAACCAAGUGUUGGGCCGUAAAACAAAGUGGGGAAUCAUUGAAGUUGAAAACGUGGCGCACUGUGAGUUUGCCAGCCUGCGAGAUCUGCUUAUCAGGUCCCACUUGCAGGACUUGAAAGACGUGACACACAACAUCCACUACGAAACGUACCGUGUACGACGCCUCAACGAGUGCAACAUCAACUUCAUUGAACAGGGACUUUCCCAGUGGCCACUCGAAAAUGGAACUGCUGACAAGUCAGAAUCAGACAGCCACCUCUGAUGCCUUCGUCAGCCUCAUGCUCCAGGAAUGAUGCUAUUCAUCUACUCAGAAUGAGAGAUGGGAAAAGAGAGCAUUACGUUCCCCACAUAAAUUGGGAUGGGGAUCUUCUUGAAUAUCAUGGUGGCCAACUAUUGGAUUAUUUUAAUGAAAAGUUAUUAUGGGAGACUUGAGUAUUUUUUGAAUGUGAGAUUGUGCCAGUGAAUGUUAUCAUUUAUCCAGGUCAUUGUUGUAUUUUCAGGGCAUUUAAUCGAUCACAACUGGACUGCUCAAGUUGUGUAAGAAGACGUUUCUCAUGCUUCAUCAGUUCAUGCACAAAGACUAGAUAGGAUAGCUCUAGGAUUGAGUCUGUCAGACUUGAACUGAUGGCUGUUUGCACUUUCAUCAGUUCGUCUAUUUUUCAGACUCGAACUGCCCUGUCUAGUCUUUGAGUUUGAUGUUCAGACUACAUAGGACAGCUUUCAUGCGACAAGGCUAAACCGGACAGUUCUAGGCUAACAUUGUUGUCCUAUCUAGUCUGAACAUCAUGCUCACAGACUAGAUACUCAAAGACUAGGGUGGCUUGGCUCAGGGGGUAGAGUGGUCGUCUCCCAACCUGAAAGUUGCAGGUUUGAUCCUCCGUCCUCCCGUGAUCAUGUCGACGUAUCCUUGGGCGAGAUACUGAACCCCCAGUAGCUCCUGAUGCUGCGUCAUCCGCAGGUAAAUUUGCUAGCAGUAUCAAAUUGCUUUGAGUGCCUUGGAGGUGGAAAAGCACUACACAAGCGAAAGGCCGUUUACCAUUUAGAUAGGAUCGCUCUAUCUGACUGGAGCUGAUAGUAUAGUUCUGUCAGACUAGAACUGUCCUAUCUAGUCUUUGAGCAAGAACUCAUGAAACCAGUUCCAAUCGAUUCUCUGCCCUGAGAUUGUUUGUAUUUUCUUGUGUUAUGGUUGCAUAAACAGGCAUCAUCAGGGUGGUCAGGAUGAAGAGAGUGGCUCAGUAUUAGUAGCAUCCAAGCUCCUUAUCCUUGGCCGUAUGAGUGGUAUGUAAAAUGCCAAAUGUGAGAAGACGAGCCAGGCCUAAAUGCAACAAAUAAUUUGCAGCCAGUGGCGCAAUGCUUGUGGAUAGAACCACACCCAAACCCACUUUAAACUCCUUCCAAAUAAAAAAAAACAGUAAUAAAUGUGAACAGUAAAUGUGUAAUGUUAACUUCCAACUUUAUACAUUGGCUGGAGGGGAAAAAACAAAUGCGAUCGGUGAAGGGACUUGAUGAGCAUAAUGGCUUGUAAAGUUCUGUGCAGUUAUCAGAGAUCCUCUUUUCUUUCACUUAAGCUUUCAUGUAAACACUCACUUGGACAACAAUAAAUUGCAUCCUGUUUAAAUUCA